AUGACCAGUUUGAUUUUUCUUUCAGAAACCCUAGCUGCUCCAGAUCUGUUGACCUCAGUUCGGCGUAAUUUAGGAUUUGAUGGCUGUUUUUGUGUUGAGUCCAAGGAUGAGUGUAGAGAUUUGGCGCUUCUUUGGCGCAAUGAAGUUCCGGUGAGGCUACGUAAUUACUCAUCGAAUCAUAUUGAUGCAGAAGUUGGAGAACUUGGCUCAGAUAAGGUGUUUAGAUUUACAGGGAUCUAUGGAGUUACUAGAACCAGCGAGAGGAUCUUCACUUGGGAUCUGCUACGCGCUCUUGCUCGACAAUCUCCGCUGCCUUGGUUGGUUGCUGGAGACUUUAAUGAAAUCUUGUGCCAAGCAGACAAAUCAGGUGGCCCUCCCCGGAGUGCAACACAGAUGAACCGAUUUAGACAAACCCUUGUCGAUUGUGCACUGCUAGAUAUGGGGUUCGUCGGAUCUCGUUUCACUUGGUCUAACAGAACAACAAAGGAGCGUUUGGAUAGAGCUUGUCGAACCCUAACUUGGAGAGAGAUGUUCUCUUUUUCGAGAACUAUCACCUUACCCUUGAGUAAAUCUGAUCACAAUCCUCUUUUAAUUGAGGUCAACCCUGAGCCUCCAUGUAGAAUGUUUUUUCCUAAGCGCUUCCGGUUUGAGGAGAUGUGGUAUCAGCAUGAAGGGUGUUCUUCUGUUGUUGACCGUGGUUGGAUGACUCCUUCUACUGGAGCACCAAUGCUACAAGUUGGACAGAAGAUUAAACAUACUGGGAACCUUCUACUUGAAUGGCAUGCCGGUGUUUUUCAACAACGACAUGUGGAGAUGAGACUCGUACAGGAUAAGCUUGCAACUAUUAUGAGUAAACCUUUUGAACCUUCCCAGUUUGAGGAGCAGAAAGCUUUGCAGUUCAGGCUUAAUGAGCUACUCACAAUCAACGAGACUUACUGGAGGCAGCGGUCUCGUAUUCAAUGGCUGAAAGAAGGAGAUAGGAACACACCUUUCUUUCAUCGUCGAGCAUCUAAUCGCAGGAGUCGAAAUAAAGUGACAGGAAUCACAAAUGAGGAAGGGAUGUGGACCUCUGAUCCAGAUCAGAUUUCAGAGACACUUGUUAGAUAUUAUGAAAACAUUUUUCAUACUGAGGGAUCUGAUAGUGCAGCCAUCUCUACAGUGCUUCAAGCAUUACAACCUAAAGUCACAGAUUCGAUGAAUGAGGUACUUCUUGCUCCUUACACUGAUGAAGAAAUUAAGAAGGCUCUUUUCCAAAUGCAUCCCUCUAAGUCUCCCGGGCCAGAUGGUAUGUCUCCAUUCUUCUUUCAGAAAUUUUGGAAUGUCGUUCAUCAUGAUGUUUGUUUGGCUGUUAAGCAUGUUUUGCAAACUGGGCAACUCUCUCAGGAAUCGAACUUUACUCAUCUCACUCUUAUUCCCAAAGUGAAAGAACCAAAAUUGGCCUCGGAUCUACGACCAAUUGCACUUUGUAACGUGGUGUACAAGAUAGCUUCCAAAGUUCUUGCUAAUAGACUUAAAGUUCUUCUCCCUCAGAUUAUAUCUCCACUUCAAAGCGCCUUUGUCCCUGGUCGCUUAAUCUCGGAUAAUACACUUAUAGCUACUGAAGUAGCACAUUUCAUGAAGAAGUUAAGACAACAAGCAGAUGGGUUCUUCUCCUUGAAGUUAGACAUAAGCAAAGCUUAUGACAGACUAGAAUGGUCUUACCUCGAGGCAGUGUUAUUGAGGUUGGGUUUUUGUAGCAGAUGGGUUGAUGUGGUUAUGGCAACCAUCAAAUCUGUUAGUUAUUCCAUUCUAAUCAAUGGUGCACCUACAGGUUUCAUUCUACCUACAAGGGGAAUUAGGCAAGGAGAUCCUUUGUCUCCAUACCUUUUUAUACUUUGUGCUGAAGGCUUAUCAGCCUUGAUUUCCUCCUCAGUUCAACAUGGUACAAUCAAAGACAUCCUUGGAGUGCAAUGUGUUUCUGAGCAUGGUCUCUAUUUAGGUUUGCCUAUUCAUAUAGGGCAUUCUAAAGUGGCUAUCUUUGCUUAUCUAAAGGAGAGGUUAACUAAAAAACUCAUUAGUUGGCGCUCCAAGCUAUUGAGUGCUGGAGGUAAAGAAGUUUUGAUCAAAGCUGUUGCUCAGACAAUUCCAACCUAUGCUAUGAGUUGCUAUAUGUUGCCGAAAUCCUUAUGUGAUGAUUUACAACAAUUGUGCGCUGAUUUCUUCUGGGGGAGUACUGAUCAGAAGAAAAAAAUCCAUUGGCGGUCUUGGGAGAGAAUGUGUCUACCUAAAGAAGAGGGAGGUAUAAGCUUUAAGCAUUUACAUGCCCAUAAUCUUUCCAUGCUAGCCAAGCAGGGUUGGAGGUUGAUAUCCAACCCAGACUCAUUAGUUGCUCAAGUCCUCAAAGCUGUUUACUACCCCCAUGGUACCUUUCUCACUGCUGAUAUGGGUGACAGACCCUCAUUUUCUUGGAGAAGUAUUUUGGAAGCUCGUUCAGUUUUACAAGCUGGUUUGUAUUGGAAAAUUGGAACUGGCACCAAGGUUAGUAUUUGGGAGGAUAAUUGGAUUCCAAAUACUCCUCCCCAUUUAUUGAAUAAACCUGAGGAUACUAUCUUUGAGUUAGUUGCUGAUUUGAUCGAUCACAAUUCAUGCUCUUGGAAUGUGGCUGCUGUUCAUCUAUGUUUCCCUACAGAUGUAGCUGCUAAAGUUAUGUGUCUUCCUCUAAGCAGACGCUUUAACACUGAUCGUUUUGCAUGGAAAUUAGAACCAAAAGGUUUCUUUUCAGUUAAGUCAGCUUACAGAGUGGCUCGGGAGUUGUCUAUGGGGACCUAUUCUGCUUCUACCUCUUCUGGAGAUCCCUAUGCGCCGCUAUGGAAGGCUCUUUGGAAUGCUAAAGUGCCCAGUAAAGUAGCUAUCUUUGGUUGGAGGGCUUGCCACAACAUACUUCCAACUCGAGCAGCUUUAAGUACUAAAGGUUACACUGGUGAUCUGCAUUGUGUUCUUUGUUCAGCUCCUUAUGAGUCUAUUGGUCAUGUUUUAUGUGACUGUGCUAUUGCCAAAUCUAUCCUACAGUCACCUCCUUUCUCAAUUCCAAUCUAUGUCACUCUGGCCUUUAAUUUGAAAGAAUGGCUGCUGGAACGGGUACUAUCUCUUCCUUCUCAUGUAUUUGAUAAACUGUUGAUUAUUCUCUGGAGCAUUUGGAAGAACCGUAAUGACAAACUGUGGAAUGAUAAGGAGAAAUACAACUCCAUGCUAAUUGCUUCUGCCAUGGCUUGGUAUGAGGAGUACCUAAGGGCUACGCAAUCUAGAGACCAUUCUACUAGUCCAAAACAUGCAGUGACUAAGAAAUGGAUUCCCCCUCGUGCCUUUUGUUAUAGACAGGACUUUGUCAGUUCUCCCCUACAUGUUGAAUUACUAGCUAUACAACAAGGUCUUCGAUUCAUGCAGCAGCAUGCUUACUUACAAGCUGAACUGGAAAGUGAUUGUUUGCUUGCGGUCCAUGCGAUUUCCUCCUCAGUUGGUGACCUAUCUCCUUUGAGUCCUCUAGUUGCUGAUAUCAAGGGGCUUCUAGUUCAAUGUCCUACUAUUUCUUUGCACCAUGUUAGAAGAGAUGGAAAUCGUGUAGCUCAUAGACUUGCUAGCAUUAGUUUUGAUUCGAACCUUCAUCAGGAUUGGUUCACACAUGCUCCGGAUUUCAUCCUGGAUGCCCUAGUGUACGAUGUUAUUCGUAUGAAUUAA